CACAACCGUCGAGCGCUGUCUGCCGGUAGGGCUGUAAAAGGAGGUGAAAAGGCUGCCCAUUCAUAAGGAAGAGGCCGGACAGCACCUCCACAGCGCGUCAACAGCCGGCGGGCACCGCAGCGCGCGACGCCGCCGCGGCGGGGCUGCCCUCGCAGCACGCACCAACGAUGAGGAGCUUCCGGAGCAACCAGCGCGGCCGCGUCCAGCCCGCGGAGUACGCCGGCGAGGUGACCAAGCCCCAACAGCGCUACGGUUCAAGACAUCGGCCGCGCUCCGCCGGCGCCUCGUCUCGACGGUACGGGAGCUCGAGGUGGCCGAAGCCGCAAUACCCCCAGUACCACCAGUACGCGAACGUCCCGGCCGGGAGGCCGUCCUCCGCCCACUACCAACAACGACCUAGGACCGCCGGGAGUCGGCCCUCGUCUGGUAAUACGGCUAACGUCGACGCCUGGUUACGAGCGCGCCACGGCACGGCGACCUACGGCCAGCCCCCGCAGCGGGCCUACGGCCAGUCGUCGGGGUAUGGCCAACGCCCUAGGAGCGCCUCGGCGGCGUCACGUGCUCAACAGCCGAAGAAAGAGGAACGCCGCGAAUACUACCCCUCCUCGGUCCCGCCGAAAGCCGGCGCGCCGAGACCGUCGUCGGCCUCUUCCUCAAGACACCAAGUGGCCAAUAAUGACACGGCCCACGCGUUGUUGCGGCAGCAGCAGUACCAGCAAGAGCGCCAGGAGUACGUCCCGCCGAGCCAACAGCAAACAUCAAGGCCGUCGUCCGCGGCCUACGCUCUCGGCACGGACAAGGGCUACGUUGUUGAGAGGGAGGUCUCGGAGCAGAUCAAGAAGCCCCAGCGGCCCCAGUCGGCGAGUGCCGCGCGAGCGCCACCCAAGCCCCAAACGCAGACGCCGGCUUUUGCUGGCAAAGCCAGUCGCCCACAGAGUGCGGGCGCGACGCGACGGCCGGCGCCGCCGACGGAGUGGAAGCAGCCGUCCGUGGACGACAAAAAUGCAGUGUUCAAGUCGGGCACGCAACGGCCGCAGAGUGCCGGUGGUGGUGUCCGUCGACGAAACAACAGCCAGGAGGAACAAUACCAAUGCGCUCCGGACCAGCGGGACUAUCUGGCUCGAUUGUUAGUGCAGUCGACGCAGUCCAGAAGAGGUUUACCCGAUUUCUAUUCGUUUGGCAAGGUGAUCGGUGUCGGUAGUUUCGGCACGGUCCGCAUCGCCUGGCACAAGCUCACGGGCCGGAAAGUGGCCAUCAAGACCUACGAGCGCUCCAAAAUGAAGGACCCGCAGCAGUGGAAGCGGGUCCAGCAGGAAGCGAGGGUCAUGGAGAAGCUUUCUGAUAGCACGUUGAUCUGUCGCUUUCUCGAAGCUUUUGAGACCGUGGCGCCUCGCAGAGCGCAUUUAGUGAUGGAGUUCCUGCCUGGAGGUAAUCUCUGCAGCUACGUGAAGGCCAAAAGACGUAUAAGCGAAGGCGAGCUCCAACCGCUCCUGGUCCAGUUAGCGACGGCUUUAGAUCAUAUGCAUUCAUUAAAUAUAGUGCACCGAGACAUUAAGUUGGAGAACAUCAUCUUCCUCGACGAGCGCCAUAAGGUCGUGAGAAUUAUUGAUUUCGGGUUUAGUACAAGAUGUGCCCCUGACAGAAGAUUGAGGUUGUUCUGCGGGACGCCGUCGUACAUGGCGCCGGAAAUUGUUCGGAGGACGGAGUAUCGCGGCAAGCCCAUCGAUCUGUGGUCGUUUGGUGUGGUGGCCUAUGCUUGCUUGGGCGGGCACUUCCCCUUUGCGGCGCGGAGUCAGCCGGAUCUUUAUAGAAAGAUCCUGCGAGGUACGUACCGACUGCCGGAAGGGUGUUCUUCUGGAGCUGCUGCAUUGCUCCAGCAGUGCCUCGUGGUGGACGUGGCGCGACGGAUAACGGCCCCCGAUUUAAGACGGCAUCCCUUCGUGACCGCCGGUUUACAGAACGGGCAGAUGGCCGGCGGGCAUGUUGGUGCUCUCACUAGAUCGAGAAAUCCGGAGCACGACCUACGACGGGAAGCUUCGCAACGCAUCGAGGCCCUCGGCGUGCCCAAGGACGCGCUGCGCGCGGCGGUCUGUCGGGGCGAACACACGCCCCUCACGAGUUGCUACUACCUGCUCAUGGACUCGUUGGGCAUCCGCGAGCGGCCGAACGAGCCCGCCCCAGCCGAGGUGGAGGCGAAGGCGGCGCCGGCCGCCUACCCCCAGAAGGCGGGCAAGGAGAACGCCGCGCCCGACGUCCUGGUCAUCGAUCAUGAUGCCGUGAAGAAACCAGUCGACGCCGAGGCGGACAAGCCCCCCGCGCUCGUGGUUUGAAUCCCCGCUUCGCUUCGGAAGAAUAAGAUUUCGUUUCGGA